AUUCAGGACUACCCCAUCCGCACCGUGGAGGACAGACACAAACUGGCUGCCCAGGGGAAGUUUGUGACCACAGAACACGAGCCCUGUUUUGAUGCUGCUGAUUUUAUUCGAGCUGGGAGGGACCUGUUUGUCCAGAGGAGCCAGGUUACAAAUUACAUGGGAAUUGAGUGGAUGCGUCGUCAUCUGGCCCCAGACUACAAGAUCCAUAUAAUCUCAUUCAAAGACCCUAACCCCAUGCAUAUUGAUGCUACUUUCAAUAUUAUUGGGCCAGGACUGGUGCUGUCAAACCCCGAUCGGCCAUGUCGCCAG